AUACUGAUGAUAACAUGCUUUGUCGUCGGAUCCAAUAGUGCAUGACUUGCGAGGUUGUAAGUUGUAAUGGCGGACCUGGCGGUUCGAUCAGCAUGGGCACAAAAGAAUAAUUCCAUACGUUUUCCCCUGGCAUUAUAUAUUGAUACAAAAUAAUGUUGAGUUAAAAUACAAUCCCAGGGAUUAGGGUUUAGGGCUUUAGGCCAAUGUUUAUUUGAUUAUUUCUCUAGUGGCGGGUUGAAGCGGAUAUGGCAGAGGAGGAUGUCAUGGCUAAAGGAGAGCUUUCCAACUCAUGUUGCACUUCUGUAUUGGAAGGAAAAGUACGCCAAGUUGAAAGAGAGGUAUUCUAAGCUCGAAGAAGGCCGCAUUGCCCUUCGCAAGGGGCUGUCAAUCUAUGAGCUGCAGGUUUCCAAGAUGCAAUCUGAGAAUCUCACUUUGAAGAAGGCUUAUGAGAGCGAGAAAAAACAGGCAGAAAAUGAAAGAAAUGGCAGAGAAAAAGAAUCUGCUCUGCGAGCUUCCUUGGAGAGUGAAGUGGAUGCUCUAAAGACCAAUGUUCUUUCGUUGCAGCAAAAGUCAGGUCCUGCUAGUGAAGAUUGGGAAAGAGAAAAGGUACAACUUCAGGGGUUCCUUUCAGAAAAGGAUGCAGAAGUUAGCCGACUGAAGGAGCUUCUUGAGAAUGAGAGACUCAGAGCAGAUUCAGAGAAAAAGAAAGCCGAUGCAGAGAGGAAAAAAGCUGAUGAGUUAAGGAAAAAGUUGAAAAUUGAGAAAACGAAGGCCGAUGAAGAGAGGAGGCUAGUUGAAAGUGACAGAAAAGAGGCUGAAGAAAAUAGGCUGAAGCUGGAGGCUGCGAUGAAGGAUGUUGAUGAAGUUAAAAUGAAGUUGGCGUUGGAGACAUCAAAAGCAGCAGAGAUGAAGAAGAAAUUGGACACAGAUAUGCAAAACAGAAAGACAGAUAGAAAACGGGCAGACUCAUCUAUCUUGAAAGCUGCGGAGCAAACAAAGCUUGCUGAUACAAACUUGAAGAUGGCAAUGGAUGAAAAACGUCGUGCUGACGAUUUGUCACAGCAGCUGGACCAGUAUAACCAAAGAAUUGAGAUUCUAAAGAAGGAGAUAGUUGAACUUAAGUCGUCUAGGAUAUUAAUUGAUAACGUAUCUGAUAAGAAGAGAGAAGCAGCAGAAAAACUUGCCCAUCCAGAGAUAGUAAAGCAGCUAGAAGAUCAGAAAAAAGUUCUCGAGGCAUACAAGAGAAAGGCAUCAAAGGAAAAGCAUCGUGCAGACCAGUUAUCACGUGACGUAAAGGAUUACAAGAAAAGGUUAGGAGAGCUACAAAAGGAAAUCAAUUCCCUUGUUUCCUCCAGAUCAAUUGCUGAAUCUGCUCUUCAUUCACAUGAUAGAAGUUUGAAAUGUCAAACUGCUAAAAUCAGUUUCUUGGAGAAGCAACUGAAGUUGGAAAAGAUGUUGGUAAAGCACUCAAAAGGAGCCGCAGAGCUCGAAAAAGCUCGUAAUGGCAUACUAAAAGAAGAACUAUUGCACUUAAAACAAGAUAUUUCUCAAUUUUCAAAGCGCCUGAAUUUAUUGGAUGAUUAUUUCAUUUGCUCUGAUGAAGCUAUUCAAGAUCUUGAAAAGGAAAAACUGAAAAAUCUACAAUUCGGUAUUGAAUCAUAUCAGACGCGUUCUCAUCUCAAAGAUGGGAUUGCUCUAAUGGCUGCUGCUGAUGAAACUGAUUCAUUCAGGGAAAAUGUAGAUGAAGGCAUUGCACCUGUGCUUGCUAUAUCUGGAGUAAAUGGCACUAGAAGUGUUUCAGGAAAGACAUUCUUUUGGCACCAGAUCAGAUAAAUUUGCUGAAAACAAAUCCGACCCAAAAGAGAAGUGCAAUGAGAAUCUUGCAACAAUUGUGGAAAGUGGUGUCAAAAGUCCUGUUAUUGAUACAUCUACCAAGAGGAGCAGUCGGCAUCAUAAGAAAAGGAAGAGGUCUAUUGAUGCUAUUUGCAGUUUGCAGUCUAAGAAUGAGCCGCAACAGAAACAGGUACUUUUUCUGCAUUCUGUGUCAGAAAACCAAACUGAUAAAUCUGGAAGCACUAAAGCGUGCUUGCUUCCUCGUGUGGAAGACGGUAUUGGCAGUUUUCAUGAUAGAUCUCAUAAGAAAAGAAAGGCUUCUUCUGAAAAACUUCGGAAGUGUCAUGUGAAUGAUGCCGAUAGGGUAAAGGCAAACCUCAAAGUGUUGGGUAUGCAAGAGUGUAGUAUACUUGCAAAUUCCAUCCCACCCGUUCAUCAUCGCAGUGGAACUGAUGAUAACGGAAAGGAUAGGAGUGAUACACUUGGAGAUUUUGAGUUACUGGUUGGAGAUGACUACAUGAAACUGCUUGAUUUGGAUAAUAGUGUAGAUGAAGAAUCUUAUCGUUUGGCACUCCAAAUGCCUUUGUCACCUGAACUUCCAGAGAUCAAGUGUGAAAGCAAUGCACGUGUAUCAAGUAACUCUCAUCUCUUAUUAGAUAAUAAUAAUAAUUCUCUCGGGGAACUUUCACAUAUGAAGGGGAGCCUUUCUCCACUGGAGCACUUUGAUGUCCUUGAUUUGGAAAUCAACUCAAAUAAGGCAACACAUGGUACCAUAGGGAAUUCGAAAAAAUCAUUGUCACCAGAGAUUAGUGAUCAUGCUAAUACAUCUAGCUACAUAAAUGGUAAUGGAAUUGACUGCCCUAAAAUUUUGCAGGCGCAUAUAUCUAAUUCUAUCAGUGAACCAAUGAGUACAGUUGAUGUAUUAGCUUGUGCUAAUGAGAGUUCAAAGGUUUCAAGUGGUAGCAGAGACCCACCCCCAUGUCAUGGUAUACCAAAGUAUUGUGUUGUGUUUUUUGAUAAUGACAAAGUGGAAAGCAUUUCCGCAGUAUACUCGGCAACCAAAAACUUCAUGAAUCAGUGUUCAACAGUUUCAGCAUCAAAUCUGUAUCUCAGGAACAUUGUCAUUUUCAUUUCAGGUGCUCAAGAUCUUUCAUCCAAGUAAGCCAUUUACACUUCGUAUCUUUCAUCCAUGCAUCCAUUACCCUUUUAAAAAUUAUUUUGUUUCUUUUCAUUAUCAAAGGUUCUGCUGUUAUUGAUGUGAUAUGCCUAGCUUGUGUAUAUUCUCUAUAAAGUUGACCUUCUCUAGGUAUAGUGGUAACCAUCCAUUCUCGAUAUGUUUAUUUCAUUAUUCUCUGCAAGGAGUGCAAGGUUUGCAUUGAAGUUGCGGGGUUUGAAUGUCUUGGAAACUUAAUACUUACCAAAUUGCGCCGGAAUGAUGGAUUAUGAGUCAUAUCUGUGUUCUGCUGGACGUCUCUCCUUUAGUGAGUAUGUGGUGCUUUUGGUAGAACUGCCAUGAUGUGUGAAUCAAGUUAAACUAUUGUCUCAUCGUCCUCGCUGAUUUUUCACUUUAGCCUGAAUGCCAUUGCCUAUUGUCCUACUGAGGAUUCAAAGGGAAAAAGCAUCAGUGUUUUUGUCAGUCUUGCUGCACUACAUUUCAGAAAUGGAAACAAGUGAUCUCUGCAAUGGUUGGGAUAGAGCCUCGGUCCUGCGUAUUGCAUCUUUUGCUCAUCACAUAUGUACAGUGCCCUCUGACGUGAACAAUGGUAUGACUUUUGAUGAAUCAUGGAAUUUGUAUGAGCUGCUUUCACUUUUAGAAGACUUCAUCUUGCAUAGAGAAGUUCUGAUGUUUGAUAAUGUCUGUUCUGAUUCGAAAUCUUCAAAGGAUUCUAGGAUCAACCUUGUUCUGAAUGCUAAUGGUGUACGCUUCGUUAGUCAAGAAGCUUCCAUAAACUUGUCAGUGGCUGGAUGCAUUUUGUUAGCUUCAUUAUGUGCUGAAGUUGACCACAUUGGUUUCAUUUGUGAAGCAUCAUUCAACACUCUGAGGAUGUUAAAAUCAGACCCUUCAUUCGUGCUAACUGCUCUCCAUAUCUUUGCCUAUGUAUGUGGGCACAAGUAUUUUGGCAUCAAACAGUAUUGCUUUGUAAUGGCUGUAGUAAGAUCCCUGGUUAUGUUCCUUGAGAAGCUUAACCCUCCUGACUGUAGUUCCUGCUUUACAUCUUUGGCUGAGGAUCUGUCUAAAUUAUGGUCAGGCAGCAAUUGCCCAUUUUCAGAAGGCACAUCUUCUAUGGAUGGCGGCUCAUCUUCUAUGGAUGGCGUCACAUCAAUGCUCCUAGAUAAACUUCAGAACUGUAUCUGGUCCAGUACAAGGCAAAAGGUUAAAGUUAUCCACCCUUCAAUCGAUGGAGAAAAGAAUGAUACAGAGAAUAUGGACAUUUCUGCUGCUCCAAGAAUGGCGGACACGCCAUACUCUGUUACUGAUGAUGGCAAUGGGUGCUUCUUGACUGAUGUCCUUGCAUUAGUUGAACUUGUAUCUUGCUACAUGAGCUGGGAUUGGACUGUUGAAAAUAUUGUGCGCCCUGUGUCAAAAAUGAUGGAAUCAUGCCCAUUGGAGCAUGUACCUGCAGCUAUUCUGGUUCUUCUUGCCCAACUUGGAAGGUAUGGGGUUUCAGCUAAUGGAUAUGAAGAUAUUACAAUCCAGAACUUGAGAGAUCGGUUAUCAGCUUUGCUCUGUGGGUGUGAUUCUAAAACAGUCAGUCAUGAGAUUCAGUUUUCCAUUGCCAUUGCUUUACUGGGCGUAGUUCCUCUCAACUUUGCAGAGAUUGUGGAAAGAAAUGCUGAAAUUUCUGGAUUUGAAAGUCAGUAUCAAGCUACCAUUUGCUUAAGGAAAUGGUUUUCACUGUUGAGCUAUGAAGAGCAGUUGUCUUUUAAGCAUGUGGUUUCCUCAAGUGAAUGUCUCCAAAAUGUACACAUUCCUCUUGUAAAAUGAUUAUUGUAUAGGAAGGAGAGGGGGUGUAUUGGACUCGUGUUUGUUUUUCUUAGUGCUUCUGUAAUAGACAGAUAUCCAAGUUUCCAUGCACAUGGCGUCAAAGUAGGGUUUUUUUAAUCAACCUGCUUUGGUUAGCCCAACAUGUGCUUUCUGCCUUGAACUUUGAUUAGAUAUUCAAAGGUACCUUUGCAUGCAGCUUUAGAAUUGGAGACUGCUUUGUUCACUUCUGAUAUAGUCAGUCAACUGGAUCAAUCUGACCUUUUGUGGUAUCUUAUCAUUCUUAUGUGUACCCCAAAAUCGCAGCCUGUGCUGUCGGCUGGUUCUCAGGUCAAGGUCCCCCUGAUGUAACGUUAUAAAGGCAGGCCCUUGGAGAGGAGAAGAUAGGUAAGGCCUCAUGAACUCGUAGAGUAUAUGGUUUGAUUCACGCUUAUGGAAUCUUAUAUCGCUCUGUAUUGAUUCUCAUAUCAGUAGGUACUGUAUGCUGCAUAUGUUUAUUUUCCUGUAUGAAGAAAAUGCUAUUCCAUCAGAGAUUUCUUUCAUUUUCCCUCCAAAGGGAUCCAUUAUCCUGAAAGUCGUUGCAUAUG